AUUUCUCUCUCUCAUAGAAGAAGAAAAAAAGAGAAGCAGCAAAGCAGAGCACUCUUCAUCAUUUUUUUUGGGGUGCUUUGUGGGGUUUUCUCCCGGCAAAGAAACCACCACUGAUCACUCGAAUUCUUCCCUCUUCCGAUCUCCCCAACCGACGGAACCGCAAUCGGCAAUGCGCGAUCUCCAUUCCGGUUGUGGUUUCGGGUCCUGAUGUUGUGAAAUUGGGGAGUUACUUUAUUUUUAGUGAGAAAAGAGGAAUACAGAGUGUGAAUAGAAAAACAGGGGUGGUUAAAAAAUGCUGGAGGCAAUGGAGAGUUCGGUGAACGGCGGCUACAGAGGAGGAGGAGGAGGGUUCUCGCAGUUUCAGAGCUGCGGGGACAGCAGCGAGGAGGAGCUCUCCGUGCUGCCGCGCCACACUAAAGUGGUGGUGACCGGGAAUAACCGGACCAAAUCGGUGCUUGUGGGGCUGGAAGGCGUUGUCAAGAAGGCUGUUGGCCUCGGCGGUUGGCAUUGGCUGCAGGUUCUGACUAAUGGCAUAGAAGUGAAGCUGCAGAGGAAUGCUCUUAGUGUGCUGGAGCAUCCAACUGGUAAUGAAGAUGACGAAGAUCUCGAAUUCGAGACCGUGCAGUGGAAUGUUUCAGAGAUGAGUAAGUUUUUCCAUUAACAGAAUGUUUGUUUCCUUAAUUGGUACACACAAUUUAUCAUUUUGGUUAAGUUUUGUUCAACAUUAGUUCAUCACUUUUCUCCAGUUAAUGAACAGCUCUGCUUUGUAUGGUUUUUUGCUGUAAUUGAGACCCUAUUCUAAUUCAGUGGUUGAGCGUUUAACUCUGUGAUGUUGAGCUCUCUCUGCUUUUGUCGUUGUUAGUGGAAAAUAUUGUGAAGAAAAAGAAAAGAGUUUGGUGCAUAGGAUCCAUUCUGUCUCCACCUUUAAACUUCCACUUUAGCCAAAAGCUUAAUUGUCUUGUUAUCACCAUCUCUUUACCCUUUUGUUUCAAGUGGACCCAUGAUUUGUGCCAACCUUUGAUUCGUUUCCACUCUAUUCUUUUGUUUGGUUCGAUGUUCUAGCAUCUGAUGAUACCCACAAGUCCCAGAGAUCGCGCCAUAAUAGGACGCACAAGUCAUCAGGAUCUUCCCACAAGUCCUUCAGCAGAUCUGUAUCUUGUGACUCACAGUCCAAGAGUUCUGUUUCUACUCCUCAUGGGUCCGCUGCUGCGAAGGUUGACCUUAGCAAGCUGGAGAUGGCCGCAUUGUGGAGAUAUUGGCGACACUUCAAUCUGAUGGAUGCUUUCCCUAAUCCGUCCAAGGAGCAGCUAAUCGAGGUCGUUCAAAGGCACUUCAUGUCACAGAAUCUGAAUGGAACAGCGGGUUGUGUUUUGUCUUGGUUUUGGUGGUGAAGCAAAUGGAUGAGUUGCAAGUGAUCGCCGGAUUCGUUCAAGCAGCAAAGCGAUUGAAGACGGUAUGCAAAUGCAUUUUGAGAUGUUGAGUUUGAAGGUCUCAUCUCAAUGCUAACCAGAUUUACCCCUCUUCCCUUCUGGGAUGUUCAUCUACUUCCCCCUUUUGUUUACUCUUCUCUGUCUCAAUAGCGUUACUAGCAGAAGAAGAGUUUAUAGUGUGUAGAUAUAUAUUAUAUAUAAUAAGAAUAUUAUAUAUAAAGAAAUAUGUACGGGCUGGGUGAGCUGGAGGGAAGACUUUUGGUUUUUUGGGCUCUGAAUAUUGUGGACAGAUGUGGAUGUGCUGACUGACUGUGGGGAGAAAGUUGGGAUUUUAGUUGAAAAUUGUAUAUAUAAAAUCUACCUUUGUUUUUGUCUCAUUCCCUUUUGCUCUACUACUUAAUUAUUCUUAUUGACUUAAUGUGGUUUGG